AUGAAGCGAUGGGCCACACAGAAAGCAGACGAGGGUCGUCUGCCACUCGUGAGCACAAGUGGAGAUCGUGCUUUUGCCGAUUAUUCUAAGGUCAUGAAAGAUGGGCCUGCAGAUGAUGAUGAGACAGCAGCAGUUCUGCGUCAGAUCGAGCAAUUCAUGCAGGAGCAAAGGGAGAGGGAUGCUGCGGACAAGAAGACCGCUGAAGAAAUGUCUUCGUCCUCUAACGAUGGAGAACAUGUUGAGGCAUCUUUAACUCAUCGAGACAAUGUAUCUACUCGCAGCCGUCGGCAGGGCAGACAGCCGCAUUUUGCAAAAUCUAGUGGUUUUAAAUCAAACUCGCCGGCAAAAGUUGGAACAACUCAAUCGCGCGUAGCCGGAGCAGGUCUUGGACCGCGUUCUGAUGAGGACACAACUACUCAUGCACGAGGAGUAGAGGUAGAUGUUGACGCACAACGUCAACUAAAUAUUAGGGGCUCUUCUCCCGUGGGAGACCAUAGGACGAGAUCUAGCGCAUUGCAGAAGAUGCUGGAUGAUAUGACGUUCGGUCACAGUUCGCCGGAGGCACGCCAAGUUGCUCGCACGUCGCUUUUGCUCGAAGCAAUUGAGGAAGCCAAAUUGGCUGGAGACUUAGAGGCCGCUAACCUCCUGUUACCUCUAUUGAAUCAGCAAAUUAGUAGCAGCAAUAAACAGUCACUGUCACUACAGUCUCAACAGCACCAACAACAGCAAGCAGCAAAGCAAGAACAAACUCCGAGAUCACCUAAGGAAAGCAGGGGCGCAAGUAAGAGGACAAGAGGAGGAGGAACUUUUAGCGGAGGUGAACAUGAAGUAUUAAGAGAAAAACGCACAACGGGGAAGAGAGGUUCCUCCAAAAGUCAAAAGACUUCUCAACCAGGACAACAUCUUUCUUCGAGUGACACCGAUACAACGCAUGCUCUUCCGGGUCCUUCCUCCGAUGAACAUAUGGACGCAGCUGGGCGGUCAUCUAGAGGCACAGGAAUGAGUCCUAGAUCGAAAUCACAAAAGGUAGUACUAGACUUCACUUCUCUGGCUGGUGACGCACGGUCUACUGAGCAGACUUCUAGAAGUAGAGGUUCAAAGAAAAGGCAACCCCUUAAGGUUAAGCAGACCAUGACGUCAAGUAUUCACCAGAAAGCGACGCAGAGUCAGAGGAGUGAGAGACAGUCGUUUGUUCCUAGAAAUACGUCUGUUGACAAUGAGAAUGAUUCGCAGCAGCCAGGGCUCGACACACUUCUCGCGGAGGCUGAGGGACUUACAGCCAUGUUAGGUGAGGUGUCGGACAAGAUGGGUUCGAACGGGAUCCUCCCGCGCGUGUCAGAGGCGCAAACGCUCGGCGCGCUCACUGAGGUGGCGCAGCUAAGUGAGCAAGCUGAUGCACUAAAUGCAGACGUGGAACGUUUGACGGAACGCAUGAAAACGGAACAAGCUUUCUCACAAUUCAAAAUCGUGGGUGGCACACGAGGUUCGAGCAUCCGGACUAGUGCAGAAGCUGCAGGACCUACCAAGCCUGGACCUACCUACGUAGUUGCAUCUCCGACAUUGUCGUCCCCUCGCUCUCCUCUGUCGCGGAUGAACACACGCUUGGUCGGUAGCCCAAGACAGACGAUCCGUGAUUCAUUGCGAGAGGCAGUUGAAGCGCGAGAGAAGCGGCUCGGUUCCUC